CUCCGAGGCGUGGCGCUACUGAUGUUCAGCUGUUUCUAUCUUCAGAACUUGACCCGUAGUCCCUGCAUAACCUACAACGUGUGAACAUUAGUAGGUCGUAUAAACAUAAUUAAUUAUAAUUUAAAUUUAUAAUCUAGAAGAUGGCAGAAGCUCUUAAAAAGAUUACUUUGACAGGUCUAAAACAAGUUAGUAAUCCUUAUGGUAUUUUGGAAGUUCUUAACAAUAAAAUAUUAAAUGGAUUGAAAGCUUUUCCAGAGAAUUAUACAUAUCGACAAUGUACAGAGCAGAUUGUCAAAGAACGAAUGGAUAUUUUAAAACAAAAUCCAAAUAAAGAAGUUGUAGCAGAAAAAUUAGGUGUCAAAUACAUUGAAGAAGUUAUCGAACAAGCUAAAUUGGAAAUAUCAUUAAUAAAUAGAAUGAAAGUAUGGAAACCAUGGGAAAAUUUAAUUGAAGAAGCUCCGGUCAACCAAUGGAAUUGGCCACCGCAUAAGUAAAUCUUGAUUGAAUUUAUAGGCAACUGUAUAUAGAAUAAUACUUUAUAUACAUAUAUAUAUAUAUAUAUAUAUAUAUAUAUAUAUAUAUACAUAUAUUCAAAGUAGUAUGUGUAACAAUAAAUUUAAAUUAUAAUUGUUACAAUCUUCACUUUUAUUUUCAUCUCUUUGAUUCGCCAAUAUGUAAAUAGUUGAAUAGAAUAGAUUAAUUUAAAGUUUGUGAAACGAGACAAUUUUAGCAACAAAUACUAAUAAUAUAAAUUAUUCAUCUUAUCAAUUAGAAUUAUCGUUCGAUAUUGUCGUUUUAAUUAUCAAAUAUAUUUUGAUUCUUUGUUGGCCCUAAUUGACUAUCAAGUCGAGUUUUAAUACUUCAGGACGAUGCAAAUUUCGAUAAGAAUUUCUUACUUUAAUUAAUUACUCAAUCAUACGUAUCGUCAAUGUUAUAUCUUUUCACAAAGUAUAAGGGAAAAUUAAUGUUCA